AUGGCAGACAAGAUCCAGACUGACAACACUCACGACAUGUUCCAAGCACAAAGCACCAUCGGGCAACCGACACCAGCCACCAGUAUCGGGCUACAGCGUCUAGCAUGGCACACCCUCCACCUCUGUAACGUCCUGCUGUCACAACUGGGCGCAUACCUCUCGCUGGAAGCGCUGCAUCGAGAUACCUGCGUGGAUGGACUGGUAGUGCCAAUACCACAUCUGCCGCUGUUGGCUGCGCAGGCCGAGAUGAUGGGAGAUGUGAUGCGGAAUCUGAACGCAGCGGCUGAUACGCUCGUGCGGCUGCCGUCACACCAGGAGAUGAAGAUGCAAGGUACUUAUCGUUCGUUGCUCCAUACGGCAGAAGCAAUGGGGAUGGCUGUUGGGCGCAGAAAGAUGGUUGCUUGCGCCGAAGCACGUGCCUCCGAGCGGGAGCUAUCCGCACUCCACGCCAAGACUUACACUCUGGCGAAUUUGUGCGAGAAAGUGGUACAUAGGUUUGCGACGACAGGCAAGAUCCGAUUGCACAACGACAAUACCGCCAACAUGGGUGUAGAUCUCGACAAGCACCACGUCAAAAGCGGCCACAGGCGCGCGCCCAAGAGCGAGAACCCAUACCUCGUCCUCCUUGUCAAGCUCUACAAAUUCCUCUCCCGCCGCACGGACUCGGGCUUCAACAAGGUCGUCCUCCGCCGUCUGAUGAGCUCGAAGAUCAACAAGCCACCGAUCUCCCUCUCCAAGAUCGUCGCCGUGUCCGCCAACAAGCACGCGGCCGAGGAGCACAAGGACAAGAUCCGCGCCGUCGUCGGUCCCGUCACCGAUGACAACCGCCUUUAUGAGGUGCCCAAGAUGAGCAUCUGCGCUCUGCGCUUCACGGCUACGGCUCGUGCGCGCAUUGAGAAGGCUGGCGGCGAAUGCCUUACUUUUGAUCAGCUCGCUACACGUGCGCCGACUGGCUCGAAUGUCAUUCUUCUCCGUGGUGCGAAGAAUGCUCGUGAGGCUGUCAAGCACUUCGGCUUCGGUCCUCACAAGCACAAGAAGCCAUACAUCGAGAGCAAGGGUCGCAAGUUCGAGAAGGCUCGUGGUCGCAGACGGUCCCGUGGUUUCAAGGUGUAA